CCGUAUCCAUCUCCAGGACCUCGGUCGAGCAUGUUCUCCAGAGCCCAGGUGAGGCAAGUUCUGCAGCGGGUUCCCGGGAAGGAGCGACUUGGUAUCUACAGGUUUCUGCCCUUCUUUUUUAUUCUCGGAGCAACAAUGGAGUGGAUCAUGAUCAAAGUGCGCGUCGGCCAGGAGACCUUCUAUGAUGUCUACCGUAGAAAAGCCUCAGAAAGGCAGUUUCAGAGAAGGUUGGAAGAUGCAUCGGACACUGAACUUCAGCAGUCAAUAAAGUGA